AUGCAGAGAGAAGAAGUAUGAUUAUUAUAGCCUGCCGAAAACUUCCGUUGUGAUAGCUUUUUAUAAUGAGGCUUGGUCAACACUUCUGCGAACUGUUCAUAGUGUUCUUGAGACAUCUCCAGAUAUACUUUUGGAAGAAAUUAUCCUUGUAGAUGAUUACAGUGACAAAGACCAUUUAAAGGAGACUUUGGAAAACUACGUGGCUGGCUUACGCAAGGUGCGUCUUAUCCGUGCAAAUAAGCGAGAAGGGCUGGUUCGAGCCCGGCUGCUGGGGGCAUCUGUGGCAAAAGGAGACAUCCUGACGUUCCUGGACUGCCACUGCGAAUGCCACGAGGGCUGGCUGGAGCCGCUGCUGGCAAGGAUUGCAGAAGAAGAAUCGGCUGUCGUCUGCCCUGUUAUUGAUGUUAUUGACUGGAAUACAUUUGAGUAUUUGGGAAAUGCUGGUGAGCCUCAGAUUGGUGGAUUUGACUGGAGGCUGGUCUUCACCUGGCAUAGUACCCCUGAAAGAGAACAAAAGCGGAGGAAGUCCAAGACAGAUGUGAUCAGGUCUCCAACUAUGGCAGGGGGAUUGUUUUCUGUGAGCAAGAAGUAUUUUGAUUAUCUUGGUUCGUAUGACACAGGAAUGGAAGUCUGGGGAGGAGAAAACCUUGAAUUCUCAUUUAGGAUAUGGCAGUGUGGAGGAAGUCUUGAGAUCCACCCUUGCUCACAUGUAGGUCACGUUUUCCCCAAACAAGCUCCAUACUCACGGUCCAAAGCUUUGGCAAAUAGUGUGCGUGCAGCUGAAGUGUGGAUGGAUGAAUAUAAAGAACUUUAUUACCACCGAAACCCACAUGCUCGCCUGGAACCAUAUGGAGAUGUGACAGAAAGGAGACUCCUUCGAGAGAAGCUGAAAUGUAAGGACUUCAAAUGGUUCUUGGAGAACGUGUACCCAGAGCUUCAUGUACCUGAAGACAGACCAGGCUUCUUUGGAAUGCUGAAGAACGGAGGAAUGGCAGACUUGUGUUUUGAUUAUAACCCUACAAAUGAACAUCAAGUAACUGGACACAGGAUCAUACUGUACCCAUGUCAUGGCAUGGGACAAAAUCAGUUUUUCGAGUACACAUCCCAUAACGAAAUACGUUACAACACCCGACAGCCAGAAGUCUGUGCAGCAGUCGAUUCGGGGACUGACUACUUGACGAUGUACUUGUGUCAAGAAAAUGUCCAUAGUAUCCCUGAAAACCAGAAGUUUGUUUUCAGAGAGGAUGGUACCUUGUUUCAUCUACAAACUCAGAAGUGCGUACAAGCAGAGUCAAACGCUUACAAUGGUAACCCAGCACCAUUGUUACGACCAUGUACUGACUCGGACUACCAAAAAUGGUUCUUCAAAGAAAGAAGUUGAUCCAAAUGUCAUCUAGGAUAUAACUGAAUAUGAAAAUGUGCUCCUUCUACUCAGCAGUUAGUCAGCCUUUUGAAAAUCACAGAAGUGAUAUAUUUUUGUAUGGAAAGAACUGUAAUUAGUUUACAAGCCUUGGAUUUAGUUUUCUGGAGCAUUAAAAUGCACUAAGCAUUGAGAGCUAUGUAAAGUAAAAACAGUGGUUAUAUCAUGCCACAGAAUCUACUCCUCCUCUUUUCUCUUUAUUUGGCAGCUACAUAACUGCUUCUGAAGUGUCUUAGGUUCUUUUCACAAGUGACUAUAUUUUUUUAAUCUACUGUGUGAAAGUA